GAACUCGAAUUAGUUGCCUUCGCCUCGAGCGAGUCGAGCUCUGCUUCGCCUUCGCCGCCGGUGCAUUAGUUCAUUUCCUACUUUCUUGGUCCUCAAUUCAUUGCUAUGUUCUUCAGCUGACUAGCACCGUAUGAGAAACUCCAAUCUUCAUCUUCAUCUUCUCCUUCUCCUCCUUCUCGGUUUGCAUCUGAGUUCAGUCCUCUCUUGGAAAAAGGAUGAGUUUAGAAGCUGUAACCAGACCCCAUUUUGCAAGCGAGCUCGAGCCCGCAAGACGGGCUCCUGCUCUCUUGUCGCCCGCGACGUUUCCAUUUCCGAUGGCGACGUCGUUGCCAAGCUUGUUUCGAACAGCCCAGAAAUUGUUGAAGAUCAAAGUGAAAUCAAGCCCUUGAUUCUCACCCUGUCUGUGUACCAAGACGGGAUAAUGCGGCUCAAGAUUGACGAAGAUCAUUCUCUGGGUACACCCAAGAAGCGCUUCGAGGUUCCCGAUGUGAUUGUGUCUGAAUUUUCGGGCAAGAAGCUUUGGCUUCAGAGACUUUCAACAGAGACCAUCGGCGCAGAUUCUGGUCCCUCUUCAAUUGUGUAUUUAUCGGACGGUCAUCAAGUGGUUCUUCGUCACGAUCCAUUCGAGGUUUACGUGCGUGACGGAGCUGGUAAUCGAGUGGUUUCCUUGAAUUCUCAUGGAUUAUUUGAUUUUGAGCAGUUGAGAGAGAAAAGGGAAGAGGAUGAUUGGGAAGAGAGAUUCCGAUCGCAUACAGAUACUAGGCCGUAUGGCCCUCAAUCGAUUAGUUUUGAUGUCUCUUUUUAUGGGGCUGAUUUUGUGUACGGAAUUCCCGAGCACGCGACCAGCUUUGCUUUAAAGCCUACUAGAGGUCCUCAAGUCGAGGAAUCAGAACCCUAUCGAUUGUUUAAUUUGGAUGUUUUUGAGUAUCUUCACGAUUCGCCAUUUGGACUUUAUGGGUCGAUACCUUACAUGCUUUCACAUGGGAAGUCGGGGAGGACAUCGGGGUUCUUUUGGUUGAAUGCAGCUGAAAUGCAGAUUGAUGUUCUAGGAACUGGGUGGGAUGCAGAGUCUGGGAUUUCGCUUCCUUCAUCCCAAAGCCGCAUUGAUACCUUUUGGAUGAGUGAGGCUGGUAUUGUUGAUGCAUUCUUCUUUACUGGUCCUGAGCCCAAGGAUGUGAUGCGACAGUAUAUAACUGUAACUGGUGCUCCGGCAAUGCCACAGCUGUUCUCAACAGCAUAUCAUCAAUGCAGGUGGAACUACCGGGAUGAAGAGGAUGUUGAGAAUGUUGAUUCAAAUUUUGAUGAGCAUGACAUUCCGUAUGAUGUUUUGUGGCUUGACAUUGAACACACAGAUGGGAAGAAGUAUUUUACCUGGGAUAGUGUUCUUUUCCCACAUCCUGAAGAGAUGCAGAGAAAGUUGGCUGCAAAGGGCAGGCACAUGGUUACCAUUGUGGAUCCUCACAUAAAGCGAGAUGAGUCGUUCCACUUGCACAAGGAGGCCACGCAGAUAGGGUAUUAUGUAAAGGAUGCAAGAGGCAAUGACUACGAUGGCUGGUGCUGGCCUGGUUCGUCGUCCUACCCUGACACAUUAAAUCCUGAGAUACGGUCAUGGUGGGCUGAUAAGUUCUCUUUCCAAAAUUAUGUUGGUUCAACUCCUUCACUUUACAUAUGGAAUGACAUGAAUGAACCCUCGGUCUUCAAUGGUCCAGAGGUGACAAUGCCCAGAGAUUGUUUACACUAUGGAGGUGUGGAACAUCGGGAACUGCAUAAUGUCUACGGUUACUAUUUCCAUAUGGCAACAGCUGAUGGGCUAGUGAAACGUGGUGAGGGGAAAGAUAGGCCAUUUGUUUUGUCGAGGGCAUUCUUUGCGGGAACUCAAAGGCAUGGAGCAGUUUGGACUGGGGAUAACACAGCUGAUUGGGAUCAGCUUAGAGUUUCUGUUCCAAUGGUUUUAACCCUUGGCCUUACUGGACUACCAUUCUCAGGUGCCGAUGUUGGGGGCUUUUUUGGGAAUCCUGAAACUGAGUUAUUGGUUCGCUGGUAUCAAUUAGGUGCUUACUAUCCUUUCUUCAGGGCCCAUGCCCAUCAUGACACUAAAAGACGAGAACCAUGGCUGUUUGGAGAAAAGAAUACAGAAGUUAUAAAGGAUUCGAUACAUGUUCGUUAUGCAUUGCUCCCGUAUUUCUACACUUUGUUCAGAGAGGCUAACUUAACUGGUACUCCUGUCCUGAGACCAUUGUGGAUGGAAUUCCCAUCUGAUGAGGCUACUUUUAGCAACGAUGAAGCUUUCAUGGUUGGAAACAGCCUUUUAGUCCAAGGAAUUUAUACUGAGGGAGCUAAACAUGUAUCAGUCUAUCUACCUGGAAAGCAAUCAUGGUAUGAUCUAAGAACUGGAAAUGUGUACAAGGGAGGGUUGACCCACAAGUUGAAGACUACUGAGGAGAGUAUCCCUGCUUUCCAGAGGGCUGGAACCAUUGUACCAAGGAAAGACCGAUUCCGACGAAGUUCCACACAGAUGAUAAAUGAUCCCUAUACUCUGGUCAUAGCUCUCAACAGUUCUCAAGCAGCUGAAGGUGAACUCUAUAUUGAUGAUGGCAGUAGCUUUAAUUUCCUGCAAGGAGCCUACAUCUAUCGCCGAUUUGUUUUCGCCGAUGGAAAGCUUACAUCUGUGAAUCUUGCACCUGCUUCCCAGGGCAGUGUUCAGUAUCAUUCAAAUGCUGUCAUUGAAAGGAUUGUCCUCUUGGGAUAUGCUUCUCGCUCAAAGAAUGCACUGAUUGAACCAUCCAAUGAAAGGGUUGAAAUUGAGAAUGCCCCUCUUUGGAUUCAAAGAUCGCAUGGUUCUCAUGCUAUGACCAUCCGGAAGCCUGAUGUCGGCAUUGCAGAUGAUUGGACGAUAAAAAUUUUGUAACACAAUCAGAUUUCAACCUCGAGGUUCAAGCAAACAGAGUUGAGGCAAGAAAAUCUUUUAGAAGAAAUGAAUGCGGUUAAUGUGGUUUGAGCAGAUUGUCUUACAAUUGAAUUUUGAAAGUUGCAACUCUGCCCACCGCAAUUUAUUUGAUGAGGAUAAUUUUGUAUCAUCUAAAAUGGUAUGUCCUUUUGUUGUGUUAAUUGCAGAAGGGAAUAACUUGUUAUGAAAUACCCUAUUAAAGGAAUGCUAAAAGAUAAACAUGGUAAGUCUUUCCAAA